CCCUGGGGUGGGGAAGCGAAGGCCCAGGAGGAGGGGGUAAAAAGAAGGUGGAGGAUCCUGGCUGCUACUCUGAACCCGAUCCCGAUUGUCUUAGACCCCAGAGACCCAGAGAAAGGGAAGGGCGUCUCCUCCCCCUUCCUCCCCUCCUCCCUCUCCUCAGCCUUAGCCAUGGCCGAGGCAGGGGCCGGGCUGAGUGAGACCGUCACUGAGACAACGGUUACCGUGACAACCGAGCCCAGUUGCUGGGACCUUCCUUAGGUUAGGAAUUGUGUCUUCUCUGUGUCUGAGCAGUCAUGGAGAACAUUCGAUUCCCCAGGGAUUCCUGGAGGGCAAAGACCUGUCGUGUUCUGUCCCCUCCCAGCAUGCAGCUCCUCUGCUGCCAUGAGAACCGGAGCCUGACCAUCAAGCUUCGGAAACGGAAGCCAGAGAAAAAGGUAGAAUGGACAAGUGACACUGUGGACAACGAACACAUGGGCCGCCGCUCAUCAAAAUGCUGCUGUAUUUACGAGAAACCUCGGGCCUUUGGCGAGAGCUCCACGGAGAGUGAUGAGGAGGAAGAGGAGGGCUGUGGUCAUACACACUGUGUACGGGGCCACCGCAAAGGACGGCGUCGUGCAACCCCAGGACCGAGCCCCAGCACCCCUCCCCAGCCUCCUGACCCCUCCCAGCCCCCUCCAGGGCCAAUGCAGCACUAAAUUCCUCUGUCCCCCACCAUUCCUGUGUCUGUCUGGCCCUGAAUGUAUUCAUGUGGCUACCUGGGGAUUAAACCCAUGGUUUGAUCCCUCCUCCAGCCCCCUCCUCCCCUCUCCUCUGCCUGAUGGAGGGAAGGGGGAGAGGAGGGUAGACAGAGAUCCUGGAAUUCUGACUUGCUGCUACUCCAGAACCCAGACUUCUGGGUUCCCCCAGCACUCAUUUCUCCUUCCAGUACUCAUCCUCUGUUCUCCAGGGAUCCAGGCACCUUGGUCCCAGUCUGUCCCCGUUGUUCUCACUGCCAAACUGUCUGUCCUGGGAUGCAGUUAUCUUGGCCCCUUGCAUUCUCCCCUUGAGUCCCAAACACUUAACUUGGGUUUUCAGCAGCCCUAGCUUUCACUGCCAGGGGUCCCAGUCAGAUUGGGGGCAGUCUUGUCCCAGCUAUGCUUGUUAAUCCUGGCUCUGAGCUCUUCCAGGAAUGGACUUGUAUAAUCGGAACUUCUAGUCCUUGCUUGUGGGAUGGGAGGCCUCGUGGGAGACCUCAGCGCUCUCAGGGAGCUCCCAGCCCUUCCCUUCUUCUGCCCUCCGGAGGAGUUGGGAAAGGGGUCUUUGCUUUCUCCCUGUUAAUGGGACAUGGAAAAGGAAACAGUCAUGGCCUCUUCUCAUCCUUCUCAUAGGAUACAGGAUUUCCGACAAAGCCAUCUUGAAGACUGGUCACUUAGAGCCCACUGUCUCCUCCGUCUUCUGGCUUCAGAGACCGAUCCAGCAGUGUCAGGGCCCUGGGUCCCUAGGAGAGGAAGGAAAAGAGAGGGAGCAAAGAGAUGGGGAUAUGUCCCCUAUACUAUACUCUUACCCUUCCUUCCUGGGCUUUGAUGUUUCUGCCAGCCCAGAUGUCCAGCUCUCAGCCCUCCCCACUCCUUACUGGGAUCUUGCCAUCAUUUUCUCGGUUUCUUGCCAUGCACAGUUACAAAGAUGAGUCAAAAACGUACCACCACUGAGAUCUCAUUUAUUGCCACAGAUGCACAAAAUAAAUAACCCAGCAUCACAAAA